AUGUCCAAGCUUAGCGUCAAGACAUUUCUUUGCUCCGAUGCAUGGCAGAAAAUCAAUUCCAAAUUGGUCUCUACUAUCAAGAAGGGACUGGAUGACAAUAAUCCGUUUCAUGACGCGCCCUCACAGACCAACACCGGAUGCAUUGCAUACUCGGCAUACACGAACUUCAACUACAUGGAUACUUACAUUUACAACAAGAAACACGCACAAGUUUCAUAG